GCAGGUUAAGGCUCAGUGCAUCGGUGAUUUUAAUUCCGUUAGUCUGACGAGGUUUGGCAGUUAAUUUAUCGAAACGGAUAGAAAACGUGUUUCCAGGUAACUGGAAGGAUAACCAGGAAUUAGCCCUGUCCUUGUGCAGUGUUGGAAAACAUACAAAAGCCCGUGCUGCCUUCAACUUCCAACAAUGAACGGCAUAAAAUUAAAGUAGACACAACGCUUUACAUUUUCUGUUUUUGCUGACUUGCUUAAGGAUGGCAGAAAGUCGUCACCAUGAACAAGAUAAGGAGGGCCUGAGGGAACCAAUGAUAUAUUUCCACAGCUACUUGCUCGGAGGAACCUCUGGCUUGGUAUCCACCCUCAUUGUCUUUCCUGUCUACAAAACUGUUUUCCGUCAACAAAUCAACAACAGCCCACUUCACCUGGUAGUGGCACAGCUCUACAAAGAGGGACCUGUAAAGCUCUUCAGGGGUGUGUCCCCACCAUUACUGAUGAGGACGCUGAAUGGCACCCUGCUCUUUGGCCUCCAGGACACCCUCCUCCGCCAGCUCUCUCUGUCAAGCCAAAGUGUCAUCUCCACCUCUGCCCUGCCUGCUCUGGCUGGGUUUGGUGCAGGUUUGGUAGAGGCUGUUGUCUUUACCCCCCUUGAGCGUGUCCAGAAUGUGUUGCAAAACAGCCAAAACGACCGUCAUCUCCCCACGUUGAAAAGCGUUCUUGUCAGGCUGAAGACACAGAGCCUGGUCAUAGGGUACUACAAAGCCUUCCUGCCCAUCACAGCCCGCAACGCUCUUGGCAGCUCGCUAUACUUUGGCCUGAAGGGGCCCGUGUGUGAUGUCGUAGCGGGACAGGGGCUCUCGCCGCUGGUCUCCUCCUUUCUCUCAGGGACGCUGACCUCCAUGGCAAUCAGCCUGGCUCUUUACCCACUGUCUGUGCUAAUUGCCAACAUGCAGGCGCAGGUGGGAGGGGAGGUGACGGGGGUCAUGGCUUAUUGGAGGAUGCUGUGGAAAUCUCGGCAGCGGAGUGUGGCUCUGCUGUACCGAGGCGGUUCUCUGGUUAUUUUGAGAUCAUGCAUCACAUGGGGAAUCACCACUGCUAUCUAUGACUGGCAGAAGAAAAAUUCAAGCUGAAGAGUGUUUGUUUUAUUGUUUGUAUUAAUUAUUGUCCAGAAAACAAUGCAACUGUUAAAUUUUUUAAAUGUUGUAUUUUGAGCCCCUUGUGUUAUAUUCCUUAUCACUGCUCUUUGAAGGUAAACAUAUCUGCAAACAAGGGGCUUUACCUCCCACACGUCCCACCUUUUUUUGCAGAUAUUUCGCAGCAGUGUUACUAUUACUAAUGACAUUAACAAUGGCAAUGUGUCCCAAUAUGCCGUGACAGUAAGACAGCUUGUACAGUACCAGGACCCUGAUUUGGAAGCAGCUGAAUUGAAUUGAACCAUCAUUCAUUUUAUUAUUUUCCCCUGUGCUUUUCCCUUGUGACAUGUCAAAAUGUCUUCGAUUCCCUUCGUAAUCGCAAGCGCAGCCUCAAGGACAUGAUCCCUCAACCCAUUCACUCCCAAGUCAUCACAUAUAGUCUGUGAUAUAGACUCAUGGUCAAGACCCCUUUGGCAUCAGUUUGUAACACAGUGGGAAGCCCUUAUUAGCAGGGUGCAAUCACUUUUAUUUUAGUAAUGCAUAAAUCUUAACUUAAUAAUAAUUUACGUUAUUACCAGGCUAGGUCUGAACUUACACACAGCUGGUGAAGCAGGCUGCUGGUCCACACCAACAAACACUGCCAGGACUUGAACCCCAGCCUCCAUGGUGGUGGGCGAGUAUUUAUUAUGAACCAAAGUAGUUUAUGCACUUGAAAAAUAUAAAUAUGGUACUGGUGAAUCACA